CUUCCGCGUCACAGCACCAGUAAACUCACACACUUCACAACACUUUACUUUCAACUCAAUACAAUGUCUGGCCGUGGAAAGGGUGGCAAGGGUCUCGGAAAGGGCGGUGCCAAGCGUCAUCGCAAGAUUCUUCGUGACAACAUUCAGGGUAUAACAAAGCCUGCUAUCCGUCGUCUUGCCCGUCGUGGCGGUGUCAAGCGUAUCUCUGGUCUUAUCUAUGAGGAGACCCGUGGUGUCCUUAAGAUCUUCCUUGAAAACGUCAUCCGUGAUUCGGUAACAUACACUGAGCACGCAAAGCGGAAAACUGUCACGGCCCUUGAUGUUGUUUACGCUCUGAAGCGCUCAGGGCGGACUCUGUACGGUUUCGGGGCAUAGAUGCUUGAGGACUUCAUCGCAGCUUGUUGUAUUGUAUAUGUAUCAUUAUAAUCAUUUCCUUAUCUUAUGGAUCCGAGAUGGAAGACGUUUGAAACUUAGUGGAAUGCAGCGCACUUCAAACAUCGUUUCCAACCACGUAAGCCUUUUGAUAUAGUACUUGC